AUGCGCGGAGUAGGGUCAGUACCCGUGUGCCUGCCAGCCUGCCAGCAGAGCUGCGCUCAGCCAGCCUCGGUUCCUCCCCCAUCACGCCACGACUUCUCGUCUCUGACCUGGCUCAGUCUGCCCAGCGAUGCCUGCCCUGGUUCGAUCCGUCCUGCUGCUCAUGCUUCCGCUAUCCUCGGGCUGAGACUGGUGGGAGUGGAGAGAUGCUUCCACCGCACCCGCAACUUCAGUCUACCCCCCGAGUACAACUAUGAGGGUGCACCGCCCGUAUACCAAGAUGCCAACCGCACCGAGUCAGGCGGUCUGACCAAGAAGGGCAAGGCGAAGGCUCGGAAGGUGACGUUUAUACGGAUCAUGGCGUCCGUCGUGGUCGUCAGCACCGUCGCUCUGAUCGUCGGUGGAGUUGCUUCCAAGAUUGACGCCAUGAAGAGUGAUGAGAGGGAGGGAUCGAGCAGCAGGAGCGCUCCGAAGCCGGCCGCAACUCCAACACACGACCCCGACAUCGUCGUCAUGCCAUCACAUCCCAGCGCCCCGGCUGCUACGUCGGCACUGUCACCCAUGCAAGAGUCCGCGCUGAUAGUCGACGGAUCGAGAGCCGACAACCCUGACAACGAGAGUGACGAGGACGGGCAUGGAUCGUUGCCGCCCCGAUGUGACGACAUCUCGUGCGCGACGACGGAGCAGCCCGAGGACUGUACGGCUUGGCAGUUUGCACACUUCAUGUCCGAGUUCUGUCUGUCCGACACAGAGCUGUUUUCCGAUAAUUCAGAAUGA